AUGGGAUGCUUCCUUGGGAGUUUGAGAGCAAAACCAUCGUUAUGUACACUACUUUUGUGGAUACUAACAAGUUUGGAAAAAGUAGGCAAGUUGUUGGAGAUUGUUUCUGUUAAGGUUCUUAGCUACUUCCUUACUUUGACGAAGUGUACAGUUUCUGUUUUUUCGAGCAAGGCCUAAAUGCCUGUGAAAUAUACUUCGGGGAAAUGACAAGACUUCAAAGCUACUUAAUUGAGAUUCAACGUUAAAUUAAUUAUUAAACAGGCUUCUUCGACAUCAUCGAUCUUCAAUGAAUGUUUCAAAAUUAUACUCUCUCCUUUUACUCGGCCUUAAUUUGACCUCACUUAGUUUGAUUGCACAUGUAUAAUAAUUCUUACUUUCAUUCCACUAUUUGUCCCUGACGCUAGUCAGUUGUUAGGCGAGAUAUGCUCGGCAAAAUGCCCAACAAUAUUGUUUGCCACGUGGCGUAAUGCGGCGUCAGCUCGCUGAUUUCACUUUUAUCUGCUAUAGUGCGGAAGCGUACAUUUGUCCUGCAAUGAAACUUAUAAUGCAUUUCAUUCUUUAGGAAUUUCUUAAUACUAAGAUUACUUUGAUUUAGCCUAACUUGCAUCGUUUGAAUUUCCUUAGAGCUACAGUCUGUAUGGAUUUCCUCUCCUCCAAAUCCAACCUCUGUCAUCGAAAAUAAGAAUCUUAAUCUACAAUGGAGCUACAAGAUUGAUGGUUCACUGACAUUUGCCAAGUUUUUUCGAAUCGGUGAUGGCCGAUCAGAGAAGCUGAUAGCUCUAAAGUCAUCGUCUAACAGCUCUGUCGAUGUGGAUUCAGCCUUUCGCGAUCGAUUUAUUUUUAACAUUUCAAAUGAUCAAGCUUUGGUUACACUUGUUGCUGUGCAAAGAUCAGACAGUGCCACAUAUCGCCUUCAGAUAGCCAACCAGGAUCUGCUUGAAAUCGACAAAGAUGUGAAGAUCAGAGUCCUAUGUAAGUAAACCGCAUUGUGCUUAAUCAAGUGCAAACGAAUCAAUUUAAUACUUAGCUUUGAUGCAUCUCAUGCGAUUGUAAACAAUAGUUGAGAACUGCCUUUUCGAGUCGAAAAAUGACAUUAGGAGCAAACGAAAAAAGAAUUAAAAAACCUUUUGCUGUCUGCUCAUAGCUGUUUGUGUAUAUUUAAAGUUAGAUUGUACACCGUCUAACUACGGAUAACAGGAAUAGCGAGAACAGAAUCAGAGCUUAUGUGUGCAGUCUACAGUUGACGUAAGAGUCACGCUUAAACUGAUGUCCACCAGGAUCUUCGCCGGCCUUGAAUUGUUUUGAAAGGUCGCCUGCUCCUUUUUUCUCAGGAACUUAAAUCUGUAGAAUCAUUUCGGAAAAAGGUGAAAGGAAAACAAAAAGAAAAGUGCACUGAGAUACUUUUAUGGAGUUUACUUUCGGUAAAUUACAAGAAAUAGCUACACUGGCUCUUUCUUUCUCGGAAAGAUAAUUCUCCGAAUCUUUGCGGUUUUUACGUUCAGAUAUCGUUUGGUGCGUGAAUGAAAUUUGAGAACUUUCUAAGAGUUAACGAAUAUCUUAUAUAUUCUAUGGAAACAAAUGAAGAGAAAAAAUGAGAUACACAUAAAAAGAAAGGAAUCAACAAAGUAUUUUAAUCCUUUUUAAAUACUGUAUUAUCAAAACACGAAAGUGUUUGCUCUCUGCAAAAUUGAAAAGAUCAAACAAACGAACAAAAGGCCGGAGUUGCCUUCACUUGGGCCUCCCCUCUGAUGAGGGGGAUGUCACUAAACAGAGUAGCGCAGUAACGAGUAACGGAGUGACAAGAAAACAAGUAACGGCACUAAGACCUUGACAGUAAGUGAUUUCGUGACUUUUUGCCAGCUUUCGAAGCAGUCUUAAGAAGUGAAACCGAAAACAUCGCGGGAUUUUCUGAUUUCACCUUCUUUUUAGAGCUUAUUCUUAGCAUCGUUGAAAAAAAACUAGUAGUAAGAGAGGCAAACCCAACACUGUUGUGAAUCGUGUCCAUUUUUUACGAUUUUGAUGUGAAACACGAGCCAUAGGAGGUCAUUCACUGAUUGAUUUCAUGAAGAAAAAUCUCAGUAAACAAAGAUCGUCGCGCUAAAAUGUCAACAAGCGACUGUAAGACGCGGUUUUGAUAAUUAGAGAAUAAUACAUGGGCGCGCAUGGAUAUGGAUUUUUUUUCUUGAGCUGUCGAGUAAACACGGGAAGAGAAAUUCCAUAUCUACAAGCAACCAUGUAUUACUUUGUUUAUUAUAUAAACACAAUAGCCCUUUACUGACAAGAAAAGCCGACUACAUUGAUGAGUGAAAAUAAAUGAAUCGACAAUCCCCAAAUAACAAUCGUAAAGUGCGUUGGCGCUAACUCUUAAGAUGGAAAAAUGCGUUGAAUCAUGAUUAUAAAAAACAAAAAUGGUCGUAAUUUUCAAUUUACAAAAUUCUCAAAUCGUUUCAUCGGAGGACCUUUAUUUAGAUGGUCGGUGCCUGACAAAGCGCCUGCGCCGAAACGUCGGAAGUUUUUAACCCUUACGGUGGCUAACACUAAAUUACCUGUUAUACUCUCCCACCGACGCAGCAACACAGUUUCUUUAGAAACUUACCCCUUUAUUUUUGGAAGAUAGGCGAGGACCACGGUGGAAUUUUCAACUUGGGCUUUUCCACUGGAAAGCCGAUUAAUUUUACUUUUUAUGAAAGAACAUUCUAUCCCUGAAAGCUAGUGAUAUUUCCAUAACCAAAAAUGUAAUGGUAAUAAUUGCAGGGCAAUUUUUGGGGUUUACUUUAUCACGAAAUCGCUCCCUUAAUUAAAACCGCAAAGGCAUUAUAUAAUGUGAAAUAACUUAAAUUCUUUCCUUCUAGUAUGUCAAGGCAUCGCAACCACCAUAACAACUUAGCUCGACUACGAGUAGCAUUCAAUUUUCGUAAGUAGGUUCUACCAGCAUCCGAUUUCUCUUACUUGUUGUGCCUUUUUUGUUUAACUUCAUUAUUCCAUGAGCGCGCGUAGGAUUUGAGAUUAUAAAUAGUCAACGAUGCACAUUGCGUCGAGUUGGUUAAUUAUAAUCAAUGUCUAUCCCACUUUACGAUAAUACUGUGGAAAGCUUACUAAAAUUUCUUUCAAUCUCUAACAUUAUUUUCAAGUAAAAAAUGACCGGACUUCAAUGUUACUUCAGACCGCCUAAGAGGCUAAACUUGAAUCACAUGACCUUGGGCAUUUUUUUUUUUUUACUUUUUCUACCAAAAUGACAUAUGCAUAGACUAUACUUAUUUUGUCUCCUUGCCACUGCACAGGAGAAGCUUUUGCUUCAAGCCGAAAAAAAAAUCUUCGGCCUAGCAUCACUUGGGUGAAUUAUUUAUCAUAGAAGGUGAUUCGCUAUAUGAGCUGGUAGACAAUACCCUAUGAUCAAAUUACGAAUUGAUGAUUACUACAAUAAUGAUAAUAACAAUAAUAAUAAUAAAAAUAAUAAUUGUCAUUUUUAUUAUUGCAGUAUUAUUUUAGUGGUAUUUUAUCUCCUUAUUAAUAUUUGUUAUUGCGUCGGGUUUCGAGCUCCAAGAUCUUCUAAAGAUCAAUUUAAACAAACCUGUAUCAAAUCUUAUCGUGCUAUACAUUCUGUGGACUAAAAUAAGGACAAAAAACAUUAAUUUCAGCGGAAAAGUGCCUUAGUAGUAUUUUUAUUCAUACUUACGACAUUUAGAAUUUUCUUAUGUCUCUAUCGUGUCUUUUGAUUUCGUAUUCUGUUCAAAGUAUAUUCAGUAGCUGUAACGUGCUCUUAGAUUUGGAGAGUGUCUUUAGCUUGUGCCGAUCUGUAAUAAACAUAAGAUACGAAAGGGUUAUAUAGACCCCUACAGCCGACAAUUUAUAGGAUAAUUAGUUCAACAAAUGCAGAUAAAAUUGAGGAGAAGUGAUUGAUUUUAUUUCAUUUUCUUGGUUGGAGACUUUGACUUUUUGUUAUGAUGAGAUUACGAGAACAAACAAUCGAACUCUAUUUUUUUUCUUCUUUCUCGUUCUCCUUUUUCUCAUCUUGUACCCAAAUAAAAGGCUGUGGUUAGACGUUUCUUCUUGUAAUUACAUCCGUAUUCCUCAGCUCCUUUAUGAUUUCCCCUGCUGUUCAGAAGGCCAAUCCGAAAAGCUGAUGAGCUUCUCCUCUGAUUUUGUUUUUCUAUUUUUCUUGUAGUUCAGCCAACUAAAACAUCAAAGCAAUGCCCUAGUGCAGUUACGGAAGGUCAUACUGUCAAACUUCUAUGUAAUUUUACCGGCGACCCAUUGCCAAGUGUUGCAUGGAACAGAGCGGAUACAAGAAAGACACUUUCAAACAGUGGAGUACUGUUUUUAAAAGACAUCAAACGCAGUGACUCUGGCAUAUACGAGUGCCUUGCUUGGAAUGGCAUUGGAAACAACAGCACGGAAUUUUGCAUGAUUGAUGUAAACUGUAAGUAACCAGGGUAACUGAAGGUGCCCGGCUAAUUCACGUCAACAAAUUCCUUGCAAGUACUUAUCACAACAUAGAAAAAUAAAAUCUCGAACUUCUGCUUCUCAACAGAUCCUGCCCAGAUAACAGAUAUAUCUAGCAAUCAGACAGUUCAGGUGGGUAAAAAGGUAUCCCUCUACUGUCGAGCGAUUGGAAAUCCAGUACCGACUAUAUCUUGGAAUCACGAAAAAAAUGUCGGACGUAGAAGUGAACUUUAUUUUGAUUCAGCGAGACUCGGCGACCAAGGAUGGUAUAAAUGCACGGCAAAAAAUGGAAUUGGCUCUCCAGCCACUGCCCGUACAUAUCUUGAUGUUGCAGGUAAGUAGAUCUGCUCUCUUAUGAUAUUUAAUUUUGCAGCAGUUUAAAGUGUUUUUUUUUUAUCGAAACAGAAAUGUAGCAUCAAAAACACUUCCGUUGUUUCUUGCUUAAGUUCCUCUUAUUUCACUUCUAGUCUAAAGAAAAUUGACAGCUCAACUUUUACCUUUUCUAAGUGGGCAAAUAUUGAUGAGACUAUUUCUUCUUAGUCAUGGACCGCAGGCACAGAGAAUGGUUGAGUACUAUUGACUGUGAGAUUUCUAUUAAAAAGUAUUUUUUUUAAGCAUUGUCCAAAAUGGUUUCAUUAUUUUUUAAAAUUCCAUUUCUUUGACGGAUCCUAGCUUUCACAAUUUUGCGUUUGUUUUUUCCAAUGUGACUCUGGAAAAGGUUCAGUAAUUUAUAUACAUUUUGCGACUAUUAAACAAGGUUAGCAACACUGCUGCUUUAAUUCCUCCUGUAUGUUUCCUGGUUUUUGUUGUUUUUUUGCUCUUUCUAUAUUUUGAUUUGCUGAGAGGACUGAGAGCUUUGUUUUUCCUCUUUAGAAAGAGCCAGUAAUUUGGUUAAUGCAAAGAUGACAAUCACUAACGAGAAAUUUGACAUAAGUCUCAGAAACAAAGAAAGCAGAAGAUAUCAGAACCUCUCAAAGCAGGUUAUUGUAGCGGUAAGUUUUUAGUUUAUUGGCAUGCUAAAGAAUGACAUAUCCUUAAGAUCCUAAAAAGAUUACAAAUCCGUGUUGACAAAUUGUUUUCAUUUUUUUUUAGGUUGAAGAUCUCUUUAGAAAUGAUCACAGCUACAACAGCACUGAAGUCGUACGUUUCGAGUGGGUGACUCUUAGCUUUUUCCAAAAUCCCUAUAAUAUAGAUUUUACUAUAGAUUUUACGUAUAUUUAUUUUUCUUAUCUUGUGUCUAAUUUUCUUUCUUUUAACAGAAGUGGCAGCGUGGUUGUAAUUUUCAAUUUAAGAUUCGAGCAAGCAGUGGAUAUUGACAGGAUCAUUUCUGUCUUGAAACACGCCGCACGAGACAGAAAACUUGGAAAAUUGAUUAUAGACCCAUCGUCGAUAGCGGCACUUCAAGAUUACAUUCAUCAAACGACAAGAUCGCCGAGGGUAUCCUCUUCAGGUAUUUGACUAUUAUUCUGUAAAGUGGCCGGGUCUGGACCCCACAAGCAGGGCAUUUCACAGGCGGCCCAAUCUCACGUCUCGAGAAAAAGCAAACAAUUAAUUCAUGAAAACGCGCUCGGGCCGCCUUUGGGCAUUUAAGCUUAAUCGUCGCGGAAUAGAUAAUUUAAUGCAAAUAAACCUUUCCCCCCUCAAUUUUAGUUGUGGUGUAAUCUAAUUGUAAUAAGAAGAGCCCACUUCUGGUAGGCACUAUUCACUUGAAAAUUUGUAAUGCAUUGCUGAAUGCUAGCAAAAUUUCUGAGGCAGUUAUUGAAAUUUUGUAUUUCUGCUGCACAGAUGAGCUGCGGGAUCAAAACUAACCAAUAAGAGCCUUCGUUUUUUAGAAAUGAAAAAAUAGCAAUGGUACCACUUACAUGGUAAUGCAUACAAUGUAGACUUUAUAACUAGAUCCAUGCAACUUGAGCUCUGGUCCCAUCUUAGAGCCAAAAGCGGUUCUUUUUUACUCUACAGGUAGUUUAUGUAUAAGUGGUUUUAUCAUUGAUUACAAAAAGGUAUCGCAGAAGCAGCGUCCACUCUUUAACCAACGAAAUAGAAUAUACAUCUUUAGCAUAAUUGCUGCGGUGAUUAGAAAGAUGCGCGAGCUCUGAUUGGUCGAGGAUUGCGUCAUAUCUCGCGAUAAUCACCUAGCGCGAGGUGACUGUAGUAGAAGCGCUAAAUUUCAAAAUAGCUGACUCGGGUAUUGUCAGUGUUACCUAGGAAGUGAUGAACUGGAUACAAAAAAUUCAGUUCCGAAUUGAAUUAAAUGAACUUAUCAAAUGCGAGUGGAAACUGGCUCUUUAUCUCGAUAAGAGUAAUCAAGACAAUGAAAACAGAAUGGUUUCAAGAGCAAAAUGAAUAGUUACAACGGAAUUAGAAGGCACCUGAAUAUUCACCGAGCCUGAGGCGAAUAAUUGUUAAAUACCCUCCUUUAGGCGGUUGGAGUGGGUUCGUGGAGGUUUCUGCUUCAGAAAAAAAUGCAUAAUUUUGUUUUUGAAAUUUACAAAUCAUCAGCAAAUAUUUAUUUCGUUAGGGUCCAAAUGGACUAUAGUCGGUGCUUCGACAGGAUCUGUGCUUUUUAUCAUGAUCUGUAUACUCUGGUUUUGUUGGAGACGAAGGAAACGACGUAAG